UAAACUACGACAUCGAUGUCUUCCGUCUUCUCUUUCCUCGUACCGACCCGCGUGCAUUCUAGAUCUAAUCAACUACGAUGUCGAUGUCUCACAAUGUAUUGUUAUUGUUCUUAGCUAUCUUCUUCUUCUCCGUCUUCCUUCAAUCUUCCACUAGCGCCAUUGUUAAUCCCUCCAAAGUCAAGCAGGUCUCAUCGAAACCCAGGGCGUUUGUGUAUGAAGGGUUCCUCACGGAAUUGGAAUGUGAUCAUAUCGUUUCGCUUGCAAAAGCGAGCCUCAAGAGAUCUGCUGUAGCUGAUAAUGAUAGUGGAGAGAGCAAGCUCAGCGAGGUUCGAACCAGCUCUGGCACCUUUAUCCCCAAAGCAAAGGAUCCCAUUGUUGCCGGUAUAGAAGACAAGAUCUCCACUUGGACAUUUUUUCCUAAAGAGAACGGAGAAGACAUUCAGGUACUGAGGUACGAGCACGGUCAAAAAUACGAUGCUCACUUCGACUACUUCCAUGACAAAGUCAACAUUGUCCGUGGUGGACACCGCAUAGCAACGGUUCUCAUGUAUCUAUCUAAUGUCACAAGAGGUGGAGAAACCGUCUUCCCCAAUGCAGAGAUACCUUCUCGUCGAGUACUAUCUGAGAACCAAGAAGACCUUUCUGAUUGUGCCAAGAAAGGAAUCGCCGUGAAACCAAGGAAAGGGGAUGCUUUGUUGUUCUUCAACCUCCGCCCUGACGCAAUCCCUGACCCGUUGAGCCUUCACGGUGGAUGUCCUGUAAUCGAAGGAGAGAAAUGGUCAGCGACCAAGUGGAUCCACGUGGACUCAUUUGACAGGAUUGUGGCGCCCGGUGGAAACUGCACGGAUAUGAACGAGAGCUGUGAGAGAUGGGCGGUGCUUGGGGAAUGCACGAAGAACCCAGAGUAUAUGGUUGGUUCUGCUGAGCUUCCUGGCUAUUGCAGGCGUAGCUGUAAGGCUUGUUAGACUUUGUUUCUCCUACCCUCUUCUAAAACUCUGUGUUGAUGUCUCUUGUAGAGUUGUUAUCGUUGGUGAACUUAUUCUAACUGGAAUAUGCAUAACUACAACAGUUACCUCGAGAGAAUAGUAUGUAAACACAUA